AGUGAUAAACAGAAACAUUUUGUCAAGGCUUUUUUAAAGAAGAAACGGCAAUAAUGAGAAUUAUUUUGAAAUGCAGAAUAUUUUAUAGUGCCGGUAUCGGUGACGGUAACGUGAUCAAUAUCUUCUGCGGCCAGGUAAGGAACCAUAAACUCAGGGUGGCUGUCCAAUCAAGCGGUUCUUUUGCAUAUUAACUAGCCGGCAGUCGAGAGGAACUAUUGCAUAAUUUGACCAUUUUAUUCAAGCGUUUUGCAUAACGGUAAGUGCUCCACAUAGGCGCCUGCAUAAAAACCAAGAAGCCAUCUGCUAACCCAUCAGAUUCAGCGGCCAACAGUCAAACAGUCUAAACAUGCGACACUUUUUCGUUUUUCUAUGCUGUUGCCUGGCGGCUUUGGCCAGCGCCGACAAACUUGGCUACAAUUAUCAGCCGGUGGCUCACUCGGGCACUGGACUUUCAUUUGCACCUGGCGGCGCCGCUAGCAAUGUGUCGCCCUCGUAUGCAUCUGGACCAGCACCCGCUUCUGAUUCCACUAACGCAGGCUUCGCUCAGCCUUCAAGUGUGGAGUCCAGCUACCAGCCAAGCGGCUCCAUUGCUGAACCAUCCGCUGAUGCUCCCAACUAUGCCGCAGCACAGCCCAAGCUGCAAAAGGAAUUUUUCACCUAUACAGCGAACGAAGAGGACUUCCAAGAUGCAGCUGAUUCUGAGAAAGUUUCAGGCUCGCUGAACAAAGCUCUGCGUGUUGUCUUCAUCAAGGGACCUGAGAGCCGUGGCCUAGAGCAAGCUGCUCUGGCCCUGUCCAAGCAGGCCGGCCAGCAAGAUACUGCCAUCUAUGUCCUGAAUAACCAGGCCGAUAUUGCUGAUCUGGCCAACAAGCUGAAUGCCAUCCGUAGCAACACCAACAACAAGCCCGAGGUGCAUUUCGUCAAGUACCGCACCCCUGAGGAUGCUGCCAAGGCUCAGCAGGCCAUUGAAGGACAGUACGAUCAGCUGGGUGGCUCAGCCUCCCGUCAGGAUGGUGGUGUUGCUCCCGUCAUUGACUUUGCAUCCAAGGGACCAGCGCCAGCUGCCGUUCCAGAGGCUUCUGCACCAGCGCCACAGGCGGCUGAGCCCGAGGCUGUGGAGCCUGUUUCCUCAUAUAUUCCACCUGUGACUCCGGGUAGCACCUAUUUGCCAGCAAACAUUCUGCGCCGUUUCCGUUUCUAAGAUCUUCGGACUUAGACUUUGAUCUGUGUUUUGUUAUUGUUAUUGUUGACCUAUU